AUGACUUCGACGAUCGGAAUUCCGAUCAAGCUUCUCAAUGAAGCCACAGGACAUCAAGUCACGGUUGAGAUCGAUUCUGGCCAGACAUACCGCGGAAAACUCAUCGAAGCCGAGGACAACAUGAACGUCCAGCUCGAGAAUAUCAAUGUCACUCAACGCGACGGUCGAGUCACACAUCUGGACCGCGUCUACAUUCGGGGUUCCCACGUGCGGCUAUUCAUCGUGCCAGACAUGCUGAGAAACGCGCCCAUGUUCAGAUCGCGGAACGCACGUGGCCGAGGAGUAGGAUUGGCGAGAGGAAGGGCUACAGUGAACCGUGCCCGCGGCUCAGGUCGUGGCGGCAGA